GCCCCACGUGGAGCGCCAGCCCACCAUCUUCUUCCUCUCUUUGCCUCGCCGCCCAGACAGGCACCUAGUCUCUUUCUCCGACUCCCUCAGCACUUGGCCUCUCGUAGGAUCUGCCUACGGCUGCGCGUGGCUAACCGACUCGAUCCGACAUGGUCCGCCACAAGAAAGACAAGUUUUCGAGGGGUGGGAAGGGCCAUGGCAACCCCCGGCCUCGUCCGCGCCCCGCCGAUGACGACGAUCCCGAACACGCGCCUUCGUCUAGGCCCGCUUUCAAGGCUGCCUGCUGGGACCUGAACCACUGCGACCCCAAGCGAUGCUCCGGAAAGAAGCUCGUGAGGCUCGGCCUCAUGCGCGACCUUCACCUCGGUCAGAGGCACAACGGUGUCGUCAUCACGCCCAAUGGGAAACGCAAGCUCUCCCCGGCCGACAGCGAGUUGGUGGAACAAUAUGGCGCCGCUGUCGUCGAGUGCUCCUGGGCUCGGACGGGGGAGGUCCAAUGGAAUAAGGUGGGAGGGAAAUGCGAGCGACUGCUCCCCUACUUGGUCGCCGCGAACACAGUUAAUUACGGCAAGCCGCUGCGACUGAAUUGCGCCGAAGCUUUGGCUGCUGCCUUCUACAUAUGCGGACAUCCUGACUGGGCUGAAGACGUCAUGCGGCCGUUCAACUACGGCGAGUCGUUCAUAGAGAUCAACUCGAAGUUGCUGAAAAAAUAUGCAGCCUGUGCGGACGAAGACGCCGUGAUAAAAACAGAAAAGGAGUGGUUGGAGCGGCUGGAGCGAGAGCACGCCGAAAGCAGGGAGAACGCCGAUGAUGACGACUUAUGGAAAGGAGGCAAUGUCAACCGUAGGGCGGUUAUCGACUCCGAUGACGAAGAGGAUGGCAGCGACGGGGACGAAGACGAGAGUGGGAAUAAGGAAGAAGAUGGCGAUGACGAUGACGACACCGAUGGGAUUUAUCUUGGCAAGAAGCCAACGCAGUGGCCCAAACCGGGAGAAGACGUGAAAGAUGAGGAAAAGGAAGGCCACGAUAAAGACUCAUUAGAUGUUUCGGAGGACGGUGACAACGAUGCCGAGAUGGAGGAGAUACGGCGCAAGAUACUGGCGUCGAAGCCGUUUGCCCACUCGGACGAUGCUGACCGCAAGCCGAAGGCGCAGACAAUACCUCUUCCCCAAUCACAACGGUAUAAAGUGGAUUCAGAUAUAGAACCGGAUUCCGACAACAGAAACAGCGGGGACGACGACGACGACGACGAUGACUUUGACAACAUUAUCGACGCUACCCCCAUUACGGACAGGAUAGGGCUAGCGAGGCUCGAGAAGGAGAGGUCGCAAGCGCACGUUAUAAGUCGAACGUUCACCUCUGGUGGCACGUCAGCACCCAAGAGGUGGUGACAGAUGGCAUCCACAAUGCUCGAAGUCUCUACCCCGAUCAACACCUACAUGACGCAAGUACAAUUCAUGUAGACACAUGCACCUCUUGUUUAGAGAUGGAGAGUCAGAAAGCUUCCUGCGUGACACUAUAUAAAUUCCUAUCCUAGGGAGGCGCCGGCGUCCGGAGGUUUCCCGGGACACAUCGGUAUGCCAUUGGUCCUACGGUAGUCUUAGGUAGGUCUCGUUGAGGAGCGAUCGCAUUCCUACAUGCUGAAACAGUCUACGAACUCGGCGUAGAGAGGUGCUAAUAGGUGACUCCGAGAAGUCAAUUGUCGGAAAUUAGUGUAUUAAACUUCAUGUUUGUGCACGCUUCAUGCCGUCGUUAAGCCAACCUCCCUUUUCUCGAAACGCAAUA